CCGGUGCCGGGGGGGGGAGGAGUUGUCGGGGUGGGGGGCGGGUCCGCUGUAUCUCACGCCCCUCUCUUCUCCCCUACAGCCGGUGCCGGCGGCUCUCGCUCAGGUGGACAGAGAGAAGAUCUACCAGUGGAUCAAUGAGUUGUCGAGCCCGGAGAGUCGUGAGAACGCCCUGCUGGAGCUCAGUAAGAAGCGGGAGUCGGUCCCGGAUUUGGCGCCCAUGCUGUGGCAUUCGUUCGGCACCAUCGCGGCGCUCCUGCAGGAGAUUGUGAAUAUUUAUCCGUCCAUCAAUCCCCCGACCCUGACGGCGCAUCAGUCCAACCGGGUGUGUAAUGCGCUGGCGCUGCUGCAGUGUGUGGCCUCGCAUCCGGAGACCAG